AACUUCUUGACAUGCACAACUCGCGUCAUUACCGCCCGCCGUACUCGGACUCGCAAGCAAAGCAGCCGCACCGAAUGCUCUACCCGUUUUUUGGGCUUCUUGCAUUCUGCCUCUUCGUUACCACUAGUCUGUCCAUGCGCUCUACCGUUCCACCACGAUCUCAGGUGUCCUUGUCCCUUCGUCAGGACGAACCGCGAGCACCAAAGACGUCAGCAGACCAUGUGCCUUAUCUCCCUCGCUUUGGGAAUGUCCUUGAAAAGCAGUAUGCUGGGUUGGUGACUGUGAAUGCCGCUGAAGGCAAUAUUUUUUACUGGUUCUUCGAAUCCCGCACGAAUCCAACAUCGCGGGACACCCCCGUGAUCGUGUGGCUGAACGGUGGCCCAGGUGCAUCCUCCAUGACCGGGCUUCUCACUGAAAUGGGUCCUUAUCGCAUCAACUCGGACGGGUCGUUGUCCAGGCACCCGCACAGCUGGACAGCCCUCGGCCACAUGUUAUUCUUCGACCAACCUGUUGGCACCGGGUACACAAGCGCAAAGAACGAAUCCGGCUACGUGAACUCGCAGCUUGAAAUGGCGGAACAACUGCAUGUCGCUCUGACGGCGUUUUUCACCUUGCAUCCCGAAUACGCCAGCAACCCCGUCGUGGUCGCCGGCGAGUCGUACGCUGGCAAGUACGUGCCGCACAUCGCCCACUACAUUCACGACAAGAACAACCAAUUGGACAAGUCAUCGGCCAUCAACUUGUGGGGCAUCGCCAUCGGAAACGGCGAGAUGAAACCGUUGCUGCAAACCCUCAGUGUGCCCGACUACGCCUUGGCCCUUGGCUUGAUUGACCAGGAGCAGUUCAUCCAGCAUCGUCAGUCGCUCGACACGUGUGCGUCGCUCGUGCAAGACGGCAAGCUCGUCGAGGCCUUUGGAGUGUGCCAACGUACCGAAGACGAGAUCUACCGGCAAGCCGGGAAUCCGUUCAUUUACGACAUUCGCCAGCAAGGCAACGCGUUUUCAGCCCUCACAAAGACCCUCUCGACGUACUUCAACCUCCCCGAGACGAGAGAGGCCCUCAACAUCCCCCCCCACACGCUGUGGACAUCCAUCGAUGGCUCAGCCUACGGAGAUGACCCAGCCGCCCCUUCCAUCGCGCGGCACUUGCUCAACGACGAAAUGGUGGACGUGCCCGACGCCAUCCUCGAAACCCUCAUGAACCACUACCACGUGCUGUUUUACGCUGGCAACAUGGACGGCUCCAGCUGCAACCACCUGGGCGUGUCUCGCGUGGUGGACCAACUCCACUGGGACGGAGCGGACGAGUACCAUACUGCUUCGAGGCGUCCGUGGACAGUCGAUGGCGUCGGCGGCGUGGGGGGCCUCGCCAAGCAAAGCGGCAACGUGGCGGUGGUGGUGAUCACAAACUCGGGCCAUUUGGUCCCCACCGACCAACCCGAGGCCUCGCUGGACAUGAUGCGCCGGUUUCUCACCCAGCGAUCGUUUCACCAGGGCUAGCUAGUUUAGAAUCAUAAACACAGUCGUACUACCACUCAAACAGAAGCAUAUACAGAGUGUUGAAGCAUACCAGUACUAUUAAUAGUAUUGUAUAGUACUACGCAGUACUACGUAGUAUUAAUACAUGUAUACCGACG